AUGGAGGGCGACCUGGGGGCCCCCAAUUCCAGCAUGCUGGGGGAGCACUCGCUGCUUGUGGGGAGCAGCUGGGUGGCUGCUUUCCUGUGCUUCAUCAUCCUGCUGACCACGGUGGGGAACUUCCUCCUCAUCCUCCUCAUCGUCACUCAGCGCUCCCUCCGCAACACCUCCAACUACUUCCUGGUGUCCCUGUUCAUGUCGGACCUUAUGGUGGGGCUGGUGGUGAUGCCCCCAGCCAUGCUCAACCAGCUCUAUGGGCGCUGGGUGCUGCGGGGGGACUUCUGCUCCCUCUGGGCCUCCUUCGACGUCAUGUGCUGCAGUGCCUCUAUCCUCAACCUCUGCAUCAUCAGCCUGGACCGGUACCUGCUCAUCAUCUCCCCGCUCAAGUACAAGCUGCGCAUGACCUCCUGCAGGGCCCUCUGGCUCAUCCUGGCCACCUGGACCGUGGCUGCACUGGCCUCCUUCCUGCCCAUCAAGAUGGGAUGGCAUGAGCUGGAGUUCGAGGAGCUCUCCCUGAACGUCACCUCGUGGGGGGACGAAGACCAGUGCCAGCUGGUGGUCAGUUUACCGUACGCCCUGGUCGCCUCUUGCCUCACCUUCUUCCUCCCAUCUGCUGCCAUCUCCUUCACCUACUGCCGCAUCCUCCUGGCUGCCCGCAAGCAGGCGGUGCAGGUGGCUUCCCUCACCUCCAACGUGGCCACCACCACCACUACUGAUGACACCAUGCCACAGAUUCCCUGUGUCCCAAGCCAGCCUAUGGCCGGCAGUGAGAGCAGGAGGUUCACCAACAAGCACAGCAAGAAGGCACUGAAGGCCAGUCUGACCCUGGGCAUUCUCCUGGGCAUGUUCUUCGUGGCCUGGCUCCCCUUCUUCAUUACCAAUGUGACGCAGGCUGUCUGUGGCUGUGUCCCAGCCGGAUUCUUCGACGUGCUCACCUGGCUGGGAUACUGCAACAGCACCAUGAACCCCAUCAUCUACCCGCUCUUCAUGAGGGACUUCAAGAGAGCCAUGGGCAAAUUCCUGCCCUGCUGCCGGCGCUCGGGGGAGCCCCGGCCCAGCGCCAUAUCCUUCUCCAUGAGGAACUCCAACAGCGGAGCCCGUGCCGCCACGUCCCUCAAGAACAUCCUCACCUUGCAGGCUGAGACUGACUCAGUUGACUCUGGGGCGCUGGGGAAUGAUCCCAACCUGCUGCCAGCCCCCCUGACCUCCCACGCCCCCUCUAUCAGCCUGUGGGACGCAGAGCCCCCGGACGCGGAGCCGCAGGUUGGGCAGCUCGGCACCCCCGUGGCCUGAGUGGGGUCACAGAGCUCCAUGUGCUGGGAAGGAUCCCUCAGCCCCACACAAACAGCCCACGUGCUGCUGCUCCAAUUCCCUCUUCCAGUGCAUCGUGCAGCUUUUGGAGGGGCACUGCUGUGGGUAGGUUCAGCCACGUGUCACUGCCUUGUUUCUCUCUCUUCCAUCCCUCCUUUGCUCACUGGCACCAGUCCCUCACCCUUCUUCUGGCCUUUGGACAACACUCUCAGGCACGUGAUGGGAUUCUUGGGGUAUCCCAAGGGGGCCAGGAUUCGAUGAUCCUUGUGGGUCCCUUCCAACUCAGCAUAUUUUGUGAUUCUGUGAUUCUAAGAUUCUUUCCAUCUCUGGUUAGUUUGAACCUUGGAUUCCAGAUCAUCUGUCCCCCUAAACUUAAACCAAGGCUUGGUUUUCAGUUUUCACACAUGGAUCACCUCCGUUUCACCUACUGCACUGAUAGGAGUGAUGGAAACACAUCCCAUGACUCAUGGAUAAGAGGUUUGGAGCUGCUUCAGCCCAUGGAACAUCACGUCUUCUUGGAGCUGCAUUUCCUCUCCUGACUUGGAGCAUGUCUGUCUUGGUUUCCUGUUAAGCAGUGAGUUACAGCCCAGUGAAACCAUCGUGUUUAAUCAUGGAGAGCUGCACUAUGGGGGUUCAACAGGGUGCAGAAUGUCCAACACUGAUUUUUGGAUGUUCUGUGGGGGUGUGGGGAUGCGACUCGUCAUGGCUUUGUGGGUUGUGUGACAGUAGUAAUGGGAUCAGUGCCUCUUACAGCUCCAUCCUACAGCUUCCCAUUCUUGGCACAGGACCACCACACUUCUCUCUGACAAUCCGUUGAUUUUUAGAUGAUGCAAUUAGAAAAUACACUCACUCUCCCCCCCUUUCAAAUAGGAAUCUAAAGAAAUACUGUCUUUUAAAUGACAAUUCCAGGCCGCCUCCACCCAGCCCACCCCCACCAUAGCCAUAAGCAGAGAGAACAGUGAGUAAUGUGGCAAGUGGGCUCUUAAAAUAAUCAAUAAAACAAAUGAUUUUAGUAAAUUCUUCCUCAAGUGCCUUUGGGCUGCAGAGCUGGGCUGACAGUUGGCUGCUGUGCCCUCCCUGAACCCCUCCCCUCCAAGCCUUCUGCCUAAUUCUGAGCUCCCAUUAAUGGGUUUGACUGUGCUCCUGGAACUCACCAGUAUCCAAACAGACACAGAGCAUCCCCUGGAUAUGGAAUGCUGGAAGAAACAGCCACGCUCCAAGCAAAUCUCACUAGUUUUCUUUCCACGUUGUCCAUGGAUGUUCCAGAACUAAACAAGAGUUUUUAUGACCAACUUGACAUUUACUUGGUACUUUGUACCCCCUGGGAGCCAGCACUGGCCCAGCAGUCAGGGAUGAGUGACUGGGACACACUGAGGGUUCAUCAGGUUCAAACCUCAAACUGUUCAAUACAUUUUCCCCUGGAUGGGGGGACAGAGAGCCUGGGGCUGGUGUCAAGCAUAGAGAUCAAUAUGUGCAUCUUCCCACAAAACAGCUUUAUAUAAAGCCACACUUUGACUACAACUCCUGUUAAAAAGGAGCAGGAAAAUGCACGAUGGAGUCUGGAAAUCUGUUAGGUACUAAAUUAGCCUUGGGAGAUGGACAGAGAGAGAGAGAGAGAUAUCUUCAAGGCAAAUGUUCAAAAGCAAUAGUUCAUUACUGUCUCAUCAAGACUGUAAUAAUUAGGUCUUUGCUUGUGGACAAAGCCUUGGAUGAGUGGAGAAAUCCCAUUCUUUCCCUGCAGCCAGCAGCAUCAACACUGACCGGGCAAACAGCCCCAGCACGCGGGACCCUGUGGCCUGUCUCAAGAGAUGUCUCCCAUCACUGCUCCAGAAAGGAGCUGAGAAGGUCUGAGCCCCCCUGGAUGUUGGAUUUGGGGAGAGGAAACACCAGGCACUGAACCCAAACCGUUGUGCUUUGCUGUGUUACGGCAUCAUCCACAAAACCAGCCAUGUCUUUGACUCCGUGAGAAAUAAUCUGCAGGUAAGGUUUGCAGGGAACCUGGGGAAGGAAGGAGAGGGGGUGCUGGAUCAGGGAGGCAGGAGGAAGACCCUCCGUGAACCGAAAUUGGAAGGUGCAAUUGCACUCCUUCCCCUUCUGAGUCAAUGAGACCUCCCAGAUCAGGGGUGGGAGGUGUUUGUACCAUCACUCUUGUGGCAAAGUAGAAAACCCCAGAGGUGUUCUCAGAGCAGAGGCAUCCACUUGUCACGCUCCUGCCAGAUGCAUUUUCCUGGGCUUAGCAGAAAAACAGGACAGAAAAUGAGCUUUUAUGGAAGAUGUGGAUCAGUCCCACACGAAUUGGGAGCUCUGCUAGCAGGGGAUGUAAAGCUGUGUCUUUUCCUCUGCUCUGAGACUGGGGAGAAGAGAGUGGAACCAAUUCACUUUUAUGGAAGGAGGUAGAAAUGAAACAGAUUCAUGUUUAUCCUAUGCCAAGUAUGGGUUUUAUUUUAAGCCAAUUAAAAAUAAAGGGGGCUUUUAAGGCUGGAGAUGUGUGUGUGACUCAAAAGGAAAGUGUCAGUGGGUUGCUGGGCUUGGAGAGCCUGGAAGUUUCAUAAGCCAUCAGUUUUCCCGCUGCUGUCACCCAGGGUCCCAAAUGUGUUUCUAACAGGAACGGGCCCUCCAACACUCAUUGCCAUCAACCUGGAGACAGGAAAACAGUCUUGGAGAUUGGAAAGUGCCCUGGCAGCCCGAGCCUUUCUCCUCCCCAGCCAGCAUAGCUGAAGUGUGGACACUGAUCUGCCCGAAGUGGGGCAGGCAGAGCCCUCAACACACCUGAAAUCCACAAACCAAACCAAUCUCCAGUGGAAAAACGCUUUUAAUUUCCUAGUGAUGAGCCCCCCUCUGUGAUAUGAUUAAAAUCCCCUCAGAGCCAUUUGCUUUUCAGUUAUAGGGACGCAGUGCUGAGGGGGAACAGCUGCUUCCUGAAAGGAUUUGGACGGGGAUCUGUCCCGGAUUCCUGAGGAGCAGUGCAGAUACAGGCAGGAACCACCCCUCUUUCGUCCGUGGGAGCCGCCGUUGGCAGCUGCUCUGAAUGCUUUGAUCUAGUGCCAAACCAGUGCCACCCUCCAGGCUCACUUGAGGAGCUGGAAACUGCAGCUCCAGCUCCGCCGGCUCUAUUCCUGGGGAAUCCCAGUGUCACAGCUGGUGCUGUGACAGCGGUUUUAGCGCUGGCUAAGCAGCUCUGCUCUAAUUUGCUCCUUCUUCAGCUGCCUGGUCCUUGCUGUCCCUGCUGUGGGAGGAGUUCAGGCAGGGCAGAGAGGGUUCUCCCAGGAGAGAGCUGGAGGAAUCCUGUCGGUGAGCACAGCUGGCUGGGAGAGCCUCACCCCCAGCCUCAUCCUCCUCUUUCCUGGUGUUUUCCUCUGCCCGAGCCUUGCUGCCUGCUUCCCGCAGAGAUUUCUUGGCUAGAGGGGGGAAAAGACUGCCACUGCCCUUCUCUACUGGCUGGUAUUCCUUGGUUUUAAUGCCCACAGCUUUUAGGAUCGUGUCCAUCUGCUUCAUGUAGUCCAGGUGGCCGUUUACCUGCAAGGAACAAGAAUCCUGUGAGUGGGGAACCCGUGGGGACCCAGCUCAGCCAAUCCUUCAUCCCAACAGCCACCCCUGCCAUGAAACUUGGGUUUGGCUCUGAGGAGGAAAGAAUGAGGCUGGAAAAUCAAAGAAUCACGGAAUCAUUAAGGUUGGAAAAGAUAUUUAUGAUCAUCAAGUCCAGCACUGCCAAGGCCACCACUAAACUACAUCCCCAAGUGCCACAUCCACACGGUUUUUGAACACUUCCAGGGUUGGUGAUUCCACCAUUGGAUAAAUGCAGUUGUGUAUGGAACUGCCUGAACUGGCAGCAGCCUUUGGGGCACACGCUGCUGCUGGAUUAUUUUUCUUCUGAGACGUUUAAAAGCCUGGACCUGGCUGAGUUACAACCCCCAAAUCCUGUGUGCCACGAGGGUAAGAGGAGCAGCUCUGCCACAGGGAGAGACGCCCAGGUAGGAGAUGAUUUCUCUUAGUUCAGCUCCCUGUUCUGUGCUAAAUGACAUUCCUCCAGGUGCCUCAGCUCCCUUGUAAAAGCCAAGAUUAUCUUAUUUAAAUUAAGAUACAGUCAUUAAACCUCACACAGCUACCAAGUGCAUUAAGGUUCUUGGCUGGAGGCUGCACCGAUCCAUCCCACACAAUAUAAAACCAGGAGCCCAAGAGUUAUGGGUCCAUAAACCAAUUAAAAGUCAACAGCAUGUGCAAAAACCCAGAUGUUUUUAUUGUAAGAUGAAUUCCACGAUAAGAUAAAGCCUUCUGAGAUGAAUGUUGGAAUGUAUCCUUCCAGUCAGGGAGCAAGAGAACAGAAAACCUCCUCCGAAGGUGACUGUUGUUUAUACUAAAGGCCACAUGGUUGGAGAGGAAGAAAUUCCUUCCCCAUUCCAGGUGUCCUGCACAAACCAAGCACUUGAUGCACCGACAGCAUCCUGAGAUACUGCAGCAUCUUUGGUAAAUUCAAUUUCCAGCAGUUUAAACCUCCCUGACCCAGCCAGAGAGCUGGCUCAGCCUCUUAUUUACCCAAACCUUGCUAGUAAUUAGGGAAUUUCCACAUCAAGGAAUAUGCAACACCCCGGUCCCAGGUUUCGUGCUUCCCAGCCAGGUAGAUGAGUGCCCCAGAAAGGGAUGAUGAUGGUAAGAGCUCUUCACAGAGCUCUGCAAAGACACCAGCCAUGGACCCUCUGCUCAGCUUCUGCCUGGUUCCAGAGCAAUCCUUCAGCUGCCCCAUCCCUGGAAGUGUCCAUGGCCAGGUUGGAUGGGGCUUGGAGCAACCUGGGCUAGUGGAAGGCAUCCCUAACCAUGGCAGGGGGUUUGAACUGGUGCCUUCCAACACAAACCGUUCUGGGAUUCUGGGAUUCAUCGCUGUGCCAGCACCAGGGUUCCCAGCACAGCUCUCCCAAAACUAAAGCCAAUCUUUCCUCCCAAAAAUCCAAACCUCCAAGGAGUUUGCAUGAAGUGGCUUUGGAGGGGGAAACAUUUGGCUGCACUUAGGGCUUGGAGCAAACUGAAGGAUUUAAUCUGCACAUCAGACAUACAAUAUGUGACUUGAAUCCCUCCAGAUGGCUCAACAUGCUCUGUGUGUUUGGAACUGAUUAGUUAACUAAAAUAACCAUGGAAGGACUGAGGAACUGGCUGUGGGCUGUGGACAUUGUCCUCUGGAAAAAUACAAAUCUUUUGCUGCUCAGUCAGGGUGGUUGGUGCCGAAGGAGCAAGGUGGGGAUAGACAGGAAGGAGCUGGACUUGCUGGGAGUUGGGGCUGAAGGCCUUUGGUUUAUUGCAUUCAGAACCUCUCCUGUCACCACCAUCUGCCUGCCCUGGUCAGUGCUUGGGGAUUUCUCAUCCUGGUGUUACUGAGCCAUUAGUCAGAGGGAACAAAUUUCCUCUGCCACCUUAAGGACUAGAUUUUCGUAUCUCCUCAGUAUCCAUCCAGCAGCUUCCACUAAAACAACAGGGAAUUCCUCUUCCUUGAGCACCAUGAUCACUGAGGGAUGCAGGGUAUGAGCCAUUCUGAAGAGCUCAUGCAGCUAAAAGAGAAGCUGAGACCUCCUGAAAAUCCAUCCCUUCCUGCAGCUCUGCUAAACCUCUAAUCUCUAAAUCUCUUCCAAGGAAAUGCACUCCUGUCUCCAGGACAGCCCAGGAAAGGAUUCCCUAAAGCUGGACCAGCACAAGCCCUGAGAAGUGUAAGAGGAGGGAGGACUCUGCUGCAGUGUGACACUGAGCACUGAGCCAUCAGCAAAAGAACAGCAAACAAACUGCCUUGCCACUUGCCAUCCUGGUGGGAAAAUCCAGCAAUUCCAGAUCUCCAAAGCCUGUUUCCAUCUGCUAUCAAAGGAUGAAUUCCUCCACUGGGUAGGCUGUGCAGGAGAUGGGAGGGGAACAUCUACAACAUAGUCAGUAAAAACUUUAAAGGGAAACAAA